AUCUAAUAUAGUUACACUAUCUAGUUUGCUGGGUUGUAUGAAAACCCCGACAGGUGAUAAUGCUUGGAUAUUGAUACUUUUCGACCUGGACUAACUGUCAUGAUGACCUCUAUAUCACACAGGAAAGUGUUACUUAAUCAUUUGUCACGUACAUGUUAUAUAAUGGUAGACUGCGAUGUCGUCAUAUCUUCAUGUAUGGCACUGGACAAUGAUUUUGAUAAUAACAUUACGUACGCUGUGCGAUAAAAUGUCAGACUAACCCUGUUUCGUUUUAAAAUGUAGAACGCAGCGUCCGGAGUGGUCAGAAAUGUAAGAUACGAUUCGUUUUCGCGCAGAUCUCUGAACUUAAAAGUUGAAUUUGAACAAUGGGAUUUAUUUCUUACAUUCUAAUGUGUUUAUGUUUGCAAGCUUUUGAUUUAAGUUCUUCGGUCACUGAAAUUAAAGUUGGAGUCCUGCUGAUGACAAGUGCGCCAGAGCCGUUUGAUCUAAGGCGGAUAGGUCCCGCGCUUGACAUCGCUUUUGAACAAUCUGAGAGUCGAUAUGGAAUCAAAUAUAAUGUUUUCGUACAUAACUACACUGAAGGAACAUGUCCUAGACAGACCACGAUCGGACACUAUGCCGAACUAGCUUAUCAACAAAAUAUCCAGGCUGUCAUUGGUCCAGCAUGUUCUCAAUCCUUAGACGCUGUUGGAAGGUUGGCACAAUAUUUGAAAAUGCCCAUAAUAAGUGGAGUUGGAGAUUUGAUCAUCAGAACUGGACCUGAGAUGUAUACCACGUUGACUAGGACGUGCUACAACCUCGGCAAAUUUUCAACUUCCAUCAUGGGUCUGAUGCGCCAGUACAGCUGGAGCCACAUUGCCGUCAUCUAUGACGUCGAUUACAUCUUCUUUGAACUGGCUGGUGGCAAUCUUGUUCGCGAUUUCCAUAACGAUGCUUCCUUUCCACGCCCACUCGACCUUCAAUUUCAAGCCUCCAAGCUUGUUGACCCAGGCUCUCUGUUGAUCGAGGCUAGCAAGGAAGCGAGAUUCGUUGUGAUUUUCUGUGACGCUGAACUUCUCAGGACAUUCAUGUACCGGGCCUUCCAGUUGGGGAUGGCCAAUGGAGGCUAUGUGUUCGUCACCAUGGAACUAUUUCCUAGUGACUGGCUUGGAUACUACACCGAAUUCCUACGCGGUGACUACAUGGACGCCGGGGUGACCAAGGCCUACGAAUCCGUUUUGAUUCUAACUUUAAGUCAACCCAACACUACCGAAUACAACGCUUUCGCUGACGAGGUCAAGAUGAGGGCACUUAGGGACUAUAACUAUGACUUCGGAGAACAAACAGUGAAUUAUUUUGUGACGGCGUUCUAUGAAGGCGUGCUGUAUCUGUCCGAAGCCUUUAACCGGACGUUAGCGAACGGACAGAAUAUAACCGACGGUUUAGCUGUCUCUCAGAAACUCUGGAACAAUACAUAUCCUGGUAUAUCUGGUACUGUGGCGAUUGAUGAAGUCGGGGAUAGAAGGGCAGACUUUGAUUUUCUCGAUAUGGCAGAUCCAUCCACGAGAACGUUCCGGUCGGUUGGUACAUUCCUAGGAUCAAGCUUGCUGUACGUCCCGGUGCCCGGGGUGGCUAUUCACUGGCCGAACGGACUUCCGGUGGACGAACCAAUAUGUGGUUAUGUAGGGGAGAAAUGUAUCCCUAAAGACAACAACACAACUCUUAUCCUGGCUGUGACUUUCGUCUCCAUAAUCGUACUGGCGUCUGUAAUCACUGUUCUUGUCUACAGGAAAUUAAAAUAUGAUUCCGAAAUUGGUAAAAAGACAUGGCUGAUACCCUGGGAAGAUGUGAACAUAUCAAAGGGGGAACACGGCGGUUCAGUUCUAUCACGAUCUAGGAUAUCCCUUUUGGCAGCUGACGGGAAGAUAGAUGACGUUGCCCAACACCAACUCUUCACAGCUGUAGGACACUGCAGGGGCAACGUCGUGGCCAUCAGAAACCUCAAAUGCUACUCCAUUGACCUUACCAGAGUUGUUCUCCUGGAAUUCCAUCAGCUCCAAAGUGUGCAGCACCAGAACUUAGCCAGAUUCACCGGGGCGUGCAUAGAGCCUAAAAAAUGUGCUAUAUUAAUGGAAUACUGUCCGCGAGGAAGUCUUCAGGACAUCAUUGAGAACGAUGAUAUCAACCUUGAUUGGACGUUCCGCUAUUCACUCAUAUGGGAUAUAAUUAGAGGAAUGCAGUACAUCGAGAACAGCGCAAUGAAGUACCACGGACGAUUGAGCAGCACAAAUUGUGUGAUAGACAGCCGAUUUAUGUUGAAGCUGACCGAUUUCGGUAUCCCGACGGUUUUCCUCCUGGAACGCCUGACCACUCUCAGAGAAAAUGAAGCUAACAACAAUAAGUUGCUAUGGACAGCUCCCGAGAUACUCCGAUCAGACAAUCGGAUCGUCCAUAGUCCAGUGACGUAUCAAAAAGGUGACACAUACAGCUUCGGAAUAAUACUACAGGAAAUAGUACUACGGGGUUGUCCUUACGACGAGAUGGACUACACAACGGAUGAGAUAAUAAAACAGGUCCAGGCCCAGCCGGACAAAAACACGCCUUUCCGACCUAUAGUUCCAAUGACAGCCUGCAGCAAAGAACUUCAUUUCCUCAUGCAGACGUGUUGGACAGAGGCAUGGGAGGACAGACCAAGUUUUGACACAAUUGCUUCCUCCUUCAGGAAAAUCAAUUCAGGAACCAAGGGUAACAUCAUGGAUAAUCUGAUGAAGCGUAUGGAACAGUACGCGAACAAUCUUGAGAGUCUAGUACAGGAGAGGACAAACGCCUAUCUGGAGGAGAAGAAAAAGGCAGUCGAACUCCUCCAUAGGUUACUUCCUCCAUCUGUAGCUGACCAGUUGGAGGCUGGACAACAGGUCCUGCCAGAGACAUACAAGUGCGUGACUAUAUACUUCAGCGAUAUCGUCGGGUUUACGACCAUCUCAGCCAAGAGUACGCCCAUGGAGGUUAUAGCACUGCUGAAUGAGCUGUAUACAUCCUUUGACACAAUCAUCGACAAGUUUGAUGUCUACAAGGUCGAGACGAUUGGUGACGCAUACAUGGUAGUCUCCGGAUUACCAACAAGAAACGGUGACAACCACGCAGAACAGAUUGCUAGUAUGUCGUGUGAGAUCCGGAAAGCCGUUCUUGGAUUUAAAAUUAAACACCUCCCUGGAGAGUCUUUGAAAAUUCGGAUAGGACUACAUUCAGGUACAGUUGUGGCCGGAGUAGUAGGACUGACCAUGCCUCGAUACUGUUUGUUUGGUGACACAGUGAACACGGCGUCACGGAUGGAGUCUACGUCAGAAGCAUUACGGAUCCAUAUCUCCAAUCCGACAAAGGUGAUCCUCGACAAAUUCAACAAAUUCUGGAUUGAGGAUCGAGGCGAAAUCGACGUCAAGGGAAAAGGCGUGAUGAACACGUAUUGGCUCAACGAACCGCUGGAAGAUUUACUGGAUUGAAGAAUAUGUAAAACAUACAAUCACUACUGUUACAAAGACAGCCGCACUCUGCCAUUUUGCGAGCUUUGAAUUCGCAAUCAGUUGGACUUGAAAAAAUACAGUCAAACUUCUUUAUCUUGAAAUCUGAUAAUUCAAAGUAAGAAAUAUGUUCUGUCCAUAAAAGGUUUACAUACUCGGGAUAUCUUGGAGUAUUUUAUGGCCCAGUAUAUUCGAGAAAAAGAGGUUCGAUGGUAUGCUCAUAUCUAUUUUAUGAGGGAAAUAUUGACAUUUUGCCUUUAACGUGAUAUAUAUAAUACCUGUAUAAGGAACCACACGAUAAGUAUUCAAUGGCGUACUUACUAUCGUAAAGGCAUAAUAUGACGGUUUUGGUUACGCAGAAAUACGGACGUGUAAAAUAAACACAAUUCCAGAAAUACGGACGUGUAAAAUAAACACAAUUCCACCUCACAAUCACUAAAACGAGUGCAAAAUUUGAAUAUAAUUCAACGCGGAAACCUUUGGAGAGACACGAGGAGAGAAAGGCCAGACGUUCCGGAAGAAUAAGCCUAAACGGAAUGAAAACAGAUCUUUUCUAAUAAAAUGUCAAAACGACCUGAUUUUGUUUCAACUCCAAAAAUUAUUUUCGAUGACGUCAAUUGUCUUUCGGUUUGAGCUUCCAUAGAACUCCGCUUAAAUGGAAAUUUUCAGGCUUGUUCAGUAGUUAUCAAAUAGAAGACAACUCAAAUAAAUAACAACAAACAAAAAUUA